AUGCCUGAAAUGUUUUGCUGGCAACCCUUAUUACGACAGUUAAGUGAUGGUAACUAUAUACUUGUCGAAUGUUGGCUAGAUCAAACAUGCAUUAAUAAUUACAUUUCACAUCCACGUACUCAAAAACAUUCUCAAGCAUGUGAGAAUGGGCGAAGGGGCGGGGCUUCCAGGUGAUGUCGGCUAAUACUGGAGAGUUCAAAACGCGUGCGCAAAUUAUUCAAGAUUCGUAUAUCGGUCAGUCCCUGCAGGAUUUUGAAGGCAAAAGCAAGGAUACUCCGCACUAUUUCCGAGGAGGAGCUUGCAAUAUUUCAAAAUCCGCACGGGUUUUCCGCAGAUUUGGGCCGAGACGCGUCGUGACGUCAUCACGACGCGCAUCCAGCCGAAGCGCGCUUCGAUUCAAGUUUAAUCGAGUACAGCUGAAAGUUCUCGUUUACCAACAAACCUCACUGCGGAACGCAAUUUUGUGCAAUUUCGCUAAUUCAAGUCAUUUUCUGCAAUAAAUCAAUAAAACGCACCCAAAAAAACUCAAAUUUUGAAAAAAAAAAAAAAAAACCCAAGCGUUUUUGGCCGCCACAAUCGCGUAAAAAUCUCCACCUAAUUCUGAUCUAUUGACUCGUCUACUGUUUUACUGCUUGGCUGGUGCAUUUUUGAUUGACAACUCCAAGAUUUUUGCAACUAUGGAGCUGCUACACAAACUGUUAUAUAUAUGUGUGUGUAAUAUCACGUAGGGACGAUUAAAUUGUUAAAGCGACCACAAGCCUAAUAAGUGUCACUAGAAUAUGAUCUUGAUCUGAUCUCUGACUACGAUUGUGAAAUAUUAGCCUUGAUUUCUAGACCUGGGGGGAGGGGGUGUUUUGUUUUUGUUUUCUAAUGCAAGCCAGUCACUUUCUACUAAUGAAUAUAAUGAUAGAUAUGAGACAAACUGGGUAUUGUGUUUUCCAGCCAAAGCUUUCCGUCAUUGGUUGCCAAGCUGAGAGAGCCGUACCCUCUGUUACAGGGCACGCACACGAUCAGCAGACCUUCGAGGAGGACGAAACCUUGAAACGAAAGGAAGACUUGGUGGUCAGCAAUAUUGCAUUCCUAUAGAUAGGGAUUUUUCUUUCUUUCUUUAUUUUUUUUUUUAACUAUAAAUCCGGUUUAGAAACGUUAAUAUAUGUUGUUAUGACCUGUAAUCAUUUUAAAGGACUUUUUGAGCCUCACAAGGCUUCUGAUGCAUGCACUUUUGGUCAGGUACAAAAUAUUGUCACGUUGAAUUGCACCCCAUCUAAUGUUCGCCAAAGUUACCACGAAGUUCAUUAAAGUGUAUCAGAUUUAGACAAGCUCUUGCAGAAGUCUAUGCUCUUAAAUAACGACCUGCGCAAACACACGGUUGCUGAAGUGCCCCUUAGUGAGGGUUCUGACAGACUGCGUAAGUCUUUCCAGCCUGUCGGUUUACGUGUGGUGCUUUUAAUUGUAAUAGCGCUUUUAAAAGUUUUACGCUAGUUUAUACGCUGCAUUUAAAACGGCUCGGGUUUAAAUCCGAGUUGCGUGUUGUAAAAGCUACUAUACUGAUUUUUACCCAGAGGCUGAUUAAAAUGGGGAAAGUAAUUGUGUCUUUUUUUUUUUUUUUUUUUUUUUUUUUUUUUUUUUUCUUCCCCCCCCCUCUUUUUUUUUGUGCUGAAUAUGAUAUUGGGACAAAGGGUGCUGUUCUGAAAAGCACUUUUCCCCAAGUUGUUCCAAGAAGGAUCUACAAUUUUGCAAGCUUCAGUGAUUUCUUGGAAUCAAUCACAUUUCCCCAUGGAAUUAAAGUCUUCUGCAUAGUGUGCACUGAAAAGAAGAAGAAGAAGAAGAAGAAGAAGAAGAAGAAGAAGGUGGCCUGUUCUGCCUCGCUACAUACCGGUGCUUAUUUAAAAGAGAGUAAACUAAUCCCUUCCUGAUUAACUCAUAAUUCAGAAAGUCUGAUUACGUUCUGCUAAAAAAACAAAUACUUUCCGCUAACAGUGGGGGAGAUGCUAAUUAUGGACCUUGAUAUUUUCACAAAACACAAUCUCGCAAGAUUAGAACUUCAUUGUCGCAUCUAAAUGGGUCUAAAUUCAUUUUUAUCCCACGCACUGUGGAAUUCUCGAAUCUAAUUGGUCAGAGAACAAUAACUUUCGAAUUAUCCUCACCAUGUACAAUGGGCCUCAUUUAUCAAGCUGGGUACGAACGGAUGUAUUCGUAGGGGUGAAGUGCGUCUUAGUGGUUAGCACGUUUGCCUCACACCUCCAGGGUUGGGGGUUCAAUUCCCACCUCCACCCUGCAUUCUUUAGGGGUUUCCUACAGGUACUCUGGUUUCCUCGCCCAGUCCGAAAAUAUGUGUUGUAGGCGGAUUGUCCCUUGCCUCAUGCCCCGAGUUCCCUGGGAUUCGGGGGGGGGGCAUUCGUGUCCUGCUCGUGCUCCUGAGUGUGUGCAAAAGUGAUAACUAAUAUAGGAUAGUUUCCUUAAAUUCAUCCAAAAACCUGUUUUGAAGACCAAAAAAUGUCCUCUCAGUUGGGUAAUACAAUGCAUAAACUGACACUAAUGCUUUUAAAUGUAAACUUAAAGUCCCUGUGAAGUGCCUUGAAACGCGCAGCGCUAUUCGAUGUGUUGACGUAACUUCCACUGAAACAGGAAGUCAGGGCAGGACAUUAGCACGUUUGCUUCACACUUCCAGGGUUGGGGGGGCUCAAUUCCUGUCUCCAGCUUGCAUGUUCUCCCUGUACCUCGGGGGUUUCCUCCGUUUCCUUCCCCAUAUCGAAGACAUGAGUUGUAGGAUGAUUGGUAUCUAGUGUUCGUAGUGUGUGAAUGGGGGUGUGAUUGUGCCUUGUGUUGGGUUGGCACCCUGUCCAGAUAAGGGCCUUGUGUCCCCGAGUUCCCUGGGAUAGGCUCCAGGCUCCCCAUGAUCCUGUUUCGGAUAAGCGUUAUGGAAAAUGGAUAGAUGAAUGGAUGUAUAUAAAGAUGGCUGGCAGCAACAGUCUGACUAUAAUUGGGACAAAGUAAUGGAGUUGGUGUUAUGUAAAGUAAGUCCAAGCUCUAGUCCUUGGUGUUGUCAGUCAAUCAAACACCCCUUGGGGGGAAAAAAAGUGUUCUUUUGGCUUUUGUGUGGUAAAAUUGUGCACGCUGUGUCCUCGCACCCUGUGUCCUCUGCACGCACAUCACUGAGGGACCGGGGAGCUUGAGCUGCUCUCUCUCUCUCUCUCUCUCUCUCUCUCUCUCUCUCUCUCUCCAUCCCUCUCUCCCUCUCUUCCUCUCACUCUCCCUCUCUCUGUACGGUUCAGCGGCGCAGGGAGCCAAUCAGAGCGCAGGACGGGAAACAGCGGGAAGCGACUCACUGGUGCGCACACACACGCAAGCAAACACUCCCUCUUAUGGACAGAGAGAGAUGCACGUUAGUACGGAGUGCGGAAUGGGAACAUUACCAUGCUGAGGACGGAGAGUUCACACACAGAGGCGGAUUCCUCAUCUAACCCGCAUCAUGCCUUACAUUACCAACCUGCUGUUUCUCAUUUUCUGUCUGAUUCUGGUUGUCGAGUGUGAGAAGCAGAAGAGCAGGAAACGCAGGUGGUCUGCAAACCUGGAAACUCAUAAACACGGACCCACGCUGUCCAAAAAGGUGGUCGAUGGAACCAAGACAAGAAAAGUGAAAACAAACAAUUUGCUGCGGGUGGAGGAUCACGAUUUCACCAUGAGGCCAGCAUUUGCAGGUCCAGCAGUUCCUGUGGGUGUUGAUGUGCAGGUGGAGAGCUUGGACAGCAUCUCAGAAGUGGACAUGGACUUCACUAUGACCCUUUACCUGAGGCAUUACUGGAAGGACGAGCGCCUGUCGUUCCCCAGCACCACCAAUAAGAGCAUGACUUUUGAUGGGCGUCUGGUGAAAAAGAUCUGGGUUCCAGAUGUAUUUUUCGUCCACUCCAAACGCUCCUUCAUCCAUGACACCACCACGGACAACAUCAUGCUCAGGGUUUAUCCUGAUGGACACGUUUUGUACAGCCUCAGAGUGACGGUAACCGCAGCGUGUAACAUGGACUUCAGUCGCUUCCCUCUCGACACACAAACCUGCACACUGGAGUUGGAAAGUUAUGCCUACACGGAUGAGGAUCUCAUGCUUUACUGGAAGAGUGGAGAUGAAUCCCUGAGCAUAGACGAUAAGAUUUCUCUCUCUCAGUUCCUCAUUCAGAAGUUCCACACCACCUCCAGACUGGCCUUCUAUAGUAGUACAGGUUGGUACAACCGCCUGUACAUCAACUUCACCCUGAGACGUCACAUUUUCUUCUUCCUGCUGCAGACCUACUUUCCUGCUACUCUGAUGGUCAUGCUGUCCUGGGUGUCCUUCUGGAUCGACCGCCGCGCUGUCCCUGCCAGAGUGUCCUUAGGCAUCACCACAGUGCUCACCAUGUCCACUAUCAUCACAGGUGUAAAUGCGUCCAUGCCCCGAGUGUCCUACAUCAAAGCCGUAGACAUCUACUUGUGGGUCAGCUUCGUCUUUGUCUUCCUCUCUGUCCUCGAGUACGCAGCUGUCAACUACCUGACUACUGUAAAAGAUGGAAAAGAACGCAAAUUCAGAGAAAAGGCCAGACAUCAGCAGUCUCUGUCUUGUACGUGUGGCCUGCCUCAUGGCAAGAGCAUGAUGGUGGACGGGACGUACAGCGAGGCAGAUAGCAACAGCCUGGCCGGUUACAGCCGAGCACCGAACGGUCCCGAGGAGCUGAACGAUAAACAUGAGCGCAUGGUGGUGCACCUCGCCGUCGACAACGAGUCCACGGGUACCAAGAAGAAAGGCCUCCGUGGCUUCCGAAUCAUCCAGAACACUCAUGCCAUUGAUACGUACUCGCGCAUGAUCUUUCCUGGAGCCUACAUCUUUUUCAACCUCAUCUACUGGUCUGUCUACUUGUGAAUCCUCACAGCUAGGGAAUGCAGGGGUUUGAACAUCAAACCAUCACAGCGCAUCUUAAUGGAUUCGAAAGACAAUUAGUCAGCUUUUAGAUGUAAAUGAACGAAGCAAGUAACGCGACUCAAUUUGCCAAAAUUUGCCAAAACCACGGUAAAUUUGCAAAGACUUGUGCUACUCAGUCUGAAAUCUCAAAUAAAUGGAUGUACUUCAUAUAAUGGAGGAACAAUUUAAUAUAAAGAGGGACCAUUUAAAAGUCUUGACACGGCAAAAGGACUUUUCACUGCUCAGAUGCCACACGCUGCACCAUAAAGUCUGAUUUGACUUUUUCAAAGAUCAGAUUUCUCCACUUGAUUUUUGAUCAAACUGCUGAGGGAGAUUUCUUCAUGUUCUUCAACCUCCUCUCUAAUUUAAAUCGCAAGUCGUAUGUGUCUCUCAUGGCUGAGUCGUUGAUGAGCAUUGGUUUCACAACUAGCCAACAACCCAUCGUUUAAAUGGGGAACACGUUAUUUACCUCCAUUCCGCUAUACCAGCAUCUAAUGUAUAAAGUGAGGCAGGUUUGUAGAUCGUUAUGAAGCAGGAGGUUACUGAUAUAGCGACAGUUUCAUCAGCUAUCCAAUUUACGGUGCACAUUUUCAAAGACUGUAUAAUUAUAUAAGGAACAAACACGAUGGGGGCAUGCUGUUAUGGGAAAAUAGCCAACGACAGGGAUGUGAAGGUGUUUGGUUUUCCUAAAACAGCACGUCCUGUCAAAUUGCCAGUAAUUACAGAUUGCUUAAUGCACGACAUUUAUUUUACUUGAUGAAUGACACAUUUAUAAAUUCCUGUAACUCAAACUGAACUGCGUAUUAAAAGUAAUUAUGGAAAUGAAAUGUUGUGCAGGGAACGGUGGCUUAGUGGUUAGCAUGUUUGUCUCACAAUUCCGGGGUUGGUUCGAAUCCCGUCUCCGCCCUGUGUGUGCGUGGAGCUUGCACGUUCUCCCCAUGCUUAGGGGGUUUCCUCCGGGUUCCACGUUCCAAAUCGUCUGUAGUGUGUGAAUGGGGGUGCAAUUGUGCCCUGUGAUGUCCCCUGCCUUGUGCCCCGAGUGCGUUUUCCCUGGAAUAGGAUCCCCAGUGACCCUGUGUAGAUUAAGCAGUAUGGAGGAUUGAUGGAUUGUGCUCAUCGUUGUUCUACUGGAGGUGCUGUUUCUUAUCAAGUGGCUGGAGCUAAGGUGGCAGCUUAGAGGAAAUACAACACGUGAGAAACACCAAUCCUUGCAAAAACAACAAUUCUUGCAAUUAUUCUGUCAGCCAAUCAUGUAUCAGCAGCAUAAUGCAAUAUAAUGAAAAAAUGUGAUCUCUGUGACUUUGACAGUGGUAUAUUUGUUAAGACUAUGGGCUGGUGUGUGUAUUUCAGAAACUGUUCAGCUACUGGGAUUUUCCUACAGAAGAGUUUAGAGUUUACCCAGAAUGCUGCAAUAAACAACAAACAUCAAGUGAGAGACAGUUCUCUGGCAGAAACGCCUUGUUGAUGAGAGAGGUCAAAGGAGGACCGGUUCAGAUUGAGUUAUAAGAAUUUUUUAUUGGGGCACCCUGGUGUUUGAGUCCCAAAGAGAAUGGUUGGAUGGAUGGAUGGUAGGAUGGAUGGUUGGAUGGAUAGUAGAAUGGAUGGAUGGUUGGGUGGAUAGUAGGAUGGAUGAUGGAAGGUUGGAUGGAUGGGUAGUAGGAUGGAUGGAUGGUUGGAUGGAUAGUAGGAUGAAUGGUUGGGUGGAUGGAUAGUUGGAUGGAUGGUUGAAUGGAUGGAUAGUAGGUUGGAUGAAUGGAUGGUUGGGUGGAUGGAUGGAUGCAUUAGAUGCAUUAGAUGGAUGCAUUAGACUGGCUCAGAGUCCCGAAGCAACCAACAGUUUAUAGCUAGAAAUGGCCAUGUGUUUAGCCAUAAUUUGAAAAUUGUACCUAAUGUGAUGUAUGUGAGAAUUUAUCAUCAUUUAGGACAUACACGUAGUGAGCUGAUUCUAACCAGUGCACCUUAAAGUUUAAGAGAUGUUGCAAACAGCUAUGUAUUUCUUUUGUGUUUAGGUGCUGCCUGUUGGCUGGGUUAUAUGUUAUCUCGUGUGGGUGG